UGGCAACUCGAGAUUGUGGCCCUUCAACCCAAUUCACGGAGGGCAAGGCAAUCUACCAAAAGUCCCUCAAGCAGGGGUACAACUCGUCUCGUCUACCCAAGCUUUUCACGCGGUCACAUCUCUGCUGUGCCGUGAUGAGUUAUAAGAUGUUUGGUGGACAAGGUUCGAAGAUCAAUUCUCUGGAGAUUGGAAAUGCUGGUAUCAUUGACAGGGCAGGGAGGGCAGAGAAGGGCAAGGCCCAAGCCAAGCACGAGGUGCUUCGCAAUGCAGACAGAUGCACAGGACGCAUAAAGAGUGUUGGUGAUGACAACUAUUCAUGAGCGUCACCUGCUUGAUCCAGCCUCGAAGCCUGUCGCAAUCUCCACUAUAACGUCCAACAAGAUAUCAACCAACACAGUUCUUUGACACAUCCAUCACAUAUCAACGACACGGAGGUGGAUACAGACCGCAAUUGGCACGAUACUUUUGUCGGCAUUGAGUCUGUCAGGGCAGGAAAACCCGCGAUCGACACCUCAUAGCACUCACAGACCCUCUACCGAGGUGUUUCAACGCCCACAACUUGGCAUGAGAUAUGUGCUGCAUCUCGAACCAACCGCAUAUCCAGGGUCCCCUCUGUCGACUUGGUGUUUGUCGUUCGAGUUCUCCCGAGGUCGACGAGGUAGGUUUCCUUUUGAGUCAGGAUCGGCAUUGUUCAUGCCGCGCUUCGCAACGCCAAUUUGCGAGCCCUGUACAGAGUACGGAGUAUGAUGUGUCCCGGAACCACUCCGCGCUUCUGCAGCACCGCGAAGCUCUGGAUCAUGACAUGGCUCAUCCACUUCCGAGUCACAUACGUCGAGGUGCUUGCGACUUAUGGUAACUCCCGAUCACCACUCGCGUUAGAAGAGCUCGCGGAAUGGCACCAUGCGGGCCGCUUGCCGCCCAAAGACCAUCAACGCCCCAUUUCGCGCUCGUCGACCAACCAUGACAAAGCCUGGCCGCUUUCGUGGCCUUGUACCGCUCGCCCGCUGCGUCUGUGCCGUGCGGGCUGCCGCGGUUUCCCCGCCUUUAUCCCUUCGUGAUUGGCGCAGUUAGCCCGCCCCCCAUCUUAGCCAGCGCAACGACAAUGGAACAAGAUUUGUCUCUUGCAGGCAGAGAUUGCUAUGUACAUGCAUAUUUGUGAUCCUGGGCUAUACAACCCUGUCAGGCAGGCUCCGGAUAAGUUACACCUCUUCUGUCCAUGUCAUGUUUUGAAUUGCAUAGCCAUUACUGCGCAGUCGUCCUAGUCAUGUCAACCCAUCACAAACCUUGCAAAACCACUUUACGGAUGCCAUCCUGGCUUAUGAUUGCAAGGAUCCAACAACCAACAACCACAUGCUCUUUGAUGCUUCAUGCCGUUGAUGCCCUUCCUAUUCACUCUGGCACUUUGCAAGGACUGGAUACCAUGUAACUUUGUGCUCCUCAACGUCGAUCAUGACCAAGCUUGAUUGGUCGUGUUGGCUCUUCCAUCAAUUAUGGUUCGAGCUUAAGGCAGUUGUUCUUGUUCGCUAUUGGGCCGCCCAAAGUGCCGUUUAGUAAAGGCUGAAUACCCGUCUCACCCGUUAAGACCUUGUCUAGCUUGUCUUUACUGUUGCACUGCAUCAUGGCCCUCCCAACAGUGAUCCCCCUCUCCUCUCUGCAGCGCCCCAUGAGUACAGAGCCUCAGAUGCAGGGCUCCGCCCAGACCAGGCAGAUGGCAGAUAGUAGAGUUCUGAUCAGUCUGUCUAUAUGUAUGGGGGCCAAGCCAUCCCGUCUUAUUCUCCGAGUCCCCCUUUGCUUUUGACUUGGCUGUCAGCCUGCCAUGAUAAUUUGCCAGCCUUUGUUGGUUGACACCCGACGAUGGCAGGCGAUUGUGGAACGACCUGUCCGGCCGCUGAUGGCUUCUACUCAUAUAGCCCGAGUGUAGGGGGCAACGCUGUGUUGCUUGUUGUCUUUGCUCUCCUUGCUCUCGCCGCCAUCUACUUUGGUAUCCGGUCCAAGACCUACCUCUUCUCCCUCGCACUCACCACCGGACUUUUUCUCGAAGUACUAGGAUUUGUUGGCCGUAUUCUGCUUCACUCGAAGCGAGAUAGCCAGAGCCACUUCUUCCUCUUCUUAUUUGGAACAGUCUUGGGGCCAUCGCUGAUUAGUGUUGCCAUCUUUAUAAUCCUUCCUCACAUCCUCGGCAUCUAUGGAGAGCCACUUUGUCCUUUUAGGCCACUUGUAGCUGGCCUUAUCUUUUGGGGACUCGCUGCAGUCACUGUGUUGUUCGAGCUUAUCGGCAUCGUCUUUACGGCAUAUGAAUCCAAUGGAGUCACACGGAAACAAGGAGCAGCCAUCACAGCUACAGGCUUGGCCAUUCAAGCUUUGUCAUUGAUAGCAUGCACCGGGCUACACUUCUGGUUCACCCUCAGCUUGAGCACUCGUCGAGGAACCCUUGACGCCCGGCACUCACAGGUUUACUCUUCUUCUCGAUUUAAGAAGUUUCUCCUAGCAAUGGAGAUGGCAUCUGCUCUCUUGAUUGUUUACUCCUUCUAUCGGCUUGUCGAGUUUGCAGAUGGUGUUUCGGGGGAUGUCUUUCAGAACGAGGCUGCUUUCAUGGUUGUUGGAGGACUUCUCCCCUUCUUAGCCGCAGCCCUCUUGACAGCCAUCCACCCAGGCAAUGCCUUUGCUGAUGCCUGGGCCCCUACAUCACCUCGCGGGAUCAAACGUCAGAGUCGACCGACCCCUGUACAAUCUCCCACCCCUAGUGGCCAUCCAGUCCACCAUUUAUAUGACCCCGACAUCCGCAAGCAGAUCUCACCGACGUCACCAAAACACCGGAACUCAGCUGGACCACCUGAGCUUCCACAGGGAUCCAUGGGCCUGCCUGCGCAUCCGAAGCCGGUGACAAGGCCCCCGAGUCUUCGGGACCCUGAUGCCCCGCGUAAGGGGCCACCUGCACCGCUGAAUCUGGCUGCUGUGCGUGCAUCACGAAAUAGUUGCAGGGCAGAACAGAGGGGUCAUGCACCAAAGGAUAUGGUUCCCGAUGGAGAACUGUGGUAACUAGGUUGGCGGGAAGUCGAUUACAACCAUGAGGUACUACCUGUUGUUAUACUGGAAAGUUGGGUGCGGUUUCAGGGAGCGCUGCUGGCUGGCUUACUCGCUGUGAUAUGAUAUAUGAUAUGGCUAUCUACAGGUCAUGGUAGGAAUAGGCAGCCUGUGGGAUAUUUUAUUCAUUUUGGGUGCUGAAAGGAGUUGGAAUUUAUGUUUCUCAGGCUGAGGACAUUGGGGGGUUUCAAGAUGUUGGAUUCCAAUUGUUGCUUGUAUGGGUGGCGAUUCUGAAUUAUAUAUUAGGUUUAUAUAUAUAUGCGUCCACUCAGGCACCUGCCUCUGCGUCGCAUCUAGGUUAAUGUGAAUUUAUCAAGGAACGAGUUCCUGUGCCAGACAA